AUGGUCCCAGAUCAGGUCACAUAUAGAGAGGCAGAACCUGUGGCUCGCCUUCUGCAGAUUGUAGCAUCAGUCAACUCUCCGACGGUGAGGGCAGCACUAGGUCGGUCGCUGGUGCCGUCUCUGUUGAAGGAAGGUGAUGAUGUGUACUUCAACUGUGAUGUGGAUGCCAACCCUCCUGCCACCACCAUCACCUGGUACCAUGAGAGAGGGCUGCAGGCACAGAACAUAACAGCAGGUAUCAUCCUGGUGGGGAACACCUUGGUGCUACAGGUGGUGAACAGGUCGAGGGCGGGCAGGUACCGGUGUGAGGCCACUAACCCUUUGGGCACCGUCACCAGCAACCCCGUCUUACUGUGGAUUAAGUAUGCCCCUGAGUGCCACACCUCCCCCACCACCUACUUCAUCUACGACAAGCCCAUCAAGGUGUCGUGCCGGGUGUCCUCCUUCCCUCCCGUCUCCUCCGUACUGUGGCAGUGGAACAACAGCGUGGAGGUGCUGAGGAAUGCGGCCGUCACCCACCACGACCUGGCCACAGCGUUCCUCACAGUGUACCCGCAGCCGCAACACGAGGACCGAGCGCUGUCAUGUUGGGCCGUGAACGAGAUGGGCGUCCAGCAGAAACCGUGCGCCUUCACCAUCAAGGUGGCAAAGAUGCCGCUGCCGCUGUCGUCAUGUCGCUUGGCCAACAUCACUGCCUCCUCCCUCAGCCUCACCUGCCAGCGGCCUCACACCUCCGCCGCUGGCACCACCUUGUACCGGGCAGAGGUGUACUUCGAGAACCACACGCUCUUCGCCAACGUCACCUCCACAAGACCCAACUUUAACGUAAGUCGUCUGGAUGCCGACACGAGUUACCAGAUCAAGGUGUAUGUGAGCCACGGUCCCGUCACCUCGCAGCCAGUGGUUGUCUCCGCCUACACCUCCAGGACCUCUAGAGCGCCUACAGGUGAGUCUCAGGGCCUUCAUAAAAUCACCAACAUCACAGCCCCUAAGACUCAGAGAUCACUAACAUCACAGCCCCUAAGACUCAGAGAUCACCAACAUCACAGCCCCCAUGACUCACAGAUCACCAACAUCACAGCCCCCAUGAUUCUCAGAUCACCAACAUCACAGCCCCUAAGACUCAGAGAUCACCAACAUCACAGCCCCCAUGAUUCUCAGAUCACUAACAGCACAGCCCCUAAGACUCACAGAUCACCAACAUCACAGCCCCUAAGACUCACAGAUCACCAACAUCACAGCCCCCAUGACUCACAGAUCACCAACAUCACAGCCCCGAGGAUUCAGAGUCUCAGUGUAACAGAACCUAGGACCUGUAGAGGCGCCUUUGAGUUGGUCAUCUAUACACAGACGUCAAGAGAUGAGGUAGACUGUCACUGGGCUUGA